AUGAAGUUCCUAAAGGUUGGCCGAGUAGCCAUUAUCACCCGUGGCCGAUAUGCCGGAAAGAAGGUUGUCAUCAUCCAGCCCGUCGACAGCGGCAACAAGGCACACCCCUACGGCCACGCCCUAGUCGCAGGCAUCGAGCGCUACCCUUCUAAGAUCACCCGACGCAUGUCCAAGUCGCGACAGGACAAGCGAUCCAAGAUCAAGCCUUUCAUCAAGGCCAUCAACUACAACCACUUGAUGCCCACACGAUACACCCUCGAGCUCGAGGGCCUUAAGGGCGUCGUUUCCGGCGAGACCUUCAAGGAGGUCAGCCAGCGCGAGGACGCCAAGAAGAACGUCAAGAAGGUCCUCGAGGAGCGCUACACGAGCGGCAAGAACAGAUGGUUCUUCACACCCCUAAAAUUCUAA